AUGCCUUCUGCAAACGACUCCACCACAACAACAGUAGCAACAACCCUAUACCCCCACCACACCGACUUUACUGGUCGUGACCCCCCACCCACCGACGGCUACAGCUGGGACCAGAUCACCAACGCUAUCAAAUCAAACUCGUUGCAUGGCCUGAGACGCACAGACAAGGGUCAAUAUGAAUACGAACAAUGGCAGGACAAGAUCGACCGCCAGACUUACAAGAACGUCGGUGAAUACAUUGCUUUUGUCAUCCUCCAAUGGCCCAACCUCCAGGACCCUGCCGACACCAUUGAACACGUCAAUAACAACAAUACCACAGAAUCAAGUCGGUCAAAGUCCAAGGAGGAGAGAUACAAGAUGAUCGAACCACGCCUGACCCUGCGUCUGAACCAUUACCCCUUCCCUGUCCAACAGUCCAUCCAAUACUUCGUCCUCUGGUCUACUCGGGACAUGUCCGUCCUCUCAGAACGGACCCGUCUCGAAACCUACCUCCAACUCCAAUUCAUCGGGAACCAGGAUCCCUUGGCCGGACCUAUAGUAGAGAAGGCUCUGUCGCCAGAGGUCUACCCCCCAGCGGAGGGGAAUAAGAAGCAGUGGAUAUGGUUUAUCAACCCUAUCGAGCUCCGCAGCGUUGCCACUGUCCAUCAUAUCCAUGUCUUUGUCCGCGAUGUCGAUCUCUCUGAACCCAAUGAAAUCUUCUUUGAGCGUCCAUAA